AUGAAAAUCACCUUUUUCUUUGCUGAGUUGUUCUUACUGGAUCUCUUCGCCUGCUGUCACGCUUACCCACAAUAUCCCUUGCCUGACACAGAAGAUGCAGCUUUCAUUGAAGACUAUGUAAGAGCUCACAACAAGUUUCGAUCCAAAGUGAAUCCACCAGCCAGCAACAUGUUUCGCAUGUCCUGGGAUGCUGCUUUAGCCAAGACUGCCAAAGCGUGGGCAAAGAAGUGCAAGUUUAAGCACAAUAUCUACCUUAAAGUGCCACGGAAGGUCCACCCCACCUUUACUCCUGUGGGAGAAAACAUCUGGACCGGCACAGCCACCAUCUUCUCUGUGGACACAGCUCUCAGUGACUGGUUUAAUGAAGUCAGCAGCUAUAAUUUCCACACUAAUAAAUGUUCUGGCAUGUGUGGUCACUACACCCAGGUCGUUUGGGCAGAGAGUUACAAAGUUGGCUGCGCAGUUCACUUCUGCAAUACAGUUGAACAUUUUCCAAGAGUCUCCGGAGCAGCACAUUUUGUCUGCAACUAUGGGCCAGCGGGGAAUUACCCAAGGAAACCAUAUAAAGCAGGACAACCAUGCAGUGGAUGCAGUAAUGAGAAAUGCAUAGACAAGCUCUGCGAAAACACAGAACGUGAGAAGCUGAUAAAUUAUACCUACUGGUAUCCGGACUGGGAUACACAGCCCCGUCCCCCCAGGCCUCCCACACCGCCGUACAUCCCACCUGCUGAGCAUCCGCGUCCCUCUUGUGACCAAUACUGUAUUAUUGUGUUAAUUUUAAGGCCACUGUUUUUGGUACUGAGUACUGGUGCUGUUCUUUUACUACAACAGCGGUUUCCACACACAUUUUUUAAUAAGUAA